AUGAUGAACAGAUUGGUGCUUUGUAUGCUCGUCUCGUCGACGGUGCUCGUUUCUGCUGCGCCUACGGUGGAAAAAGCGACGGCGCGUCAACUGCAGUCGUUGAAGGCUAAUGCUGUUCGUCCGACCAAUCAGGAGACGAAGCGGAAGCGGGUGAAGCGAGCGGUGAUCAUUGAGGAAGUGCCCAUCGAAGACGACCGCGCCGAACUUGACGGCGACCUCGAGGCGCAGCUUGCCGGCCUGAGCAACGACGACCUCGAGCUGCUCGGCGAGUACGUUCAGCACCAGCUCGACGCGUACAACGCCCCGGUCGAAGAUGAGGGCUACGAAGUGGUACGAGUGCCCGGAGGAAUGCUGGUUCCCGUCGAAGAAUGGGCAGUGGAAGGCGACGAUGAUGAGGACGAGAUUGUAGAACCAUUCCCACGGGAUCGAAGAGCAAUUCCCGUUGAGGUGGACGACGAUCAGGAGUUGCCACUCGAGCCACAGAUAGUACUAGUCGACGAGAAUGCAGUCGAAGAAGCCUUGGAAAACGCACAACGGGACGAGAUCGAGCUGCGAGAACGGAUUGCCGAGCUGGCCGACCUGCUCAACGAGCGCGCCUUCCGAGGGCUA